AUGGAUCGCAGGGCACAUGGUGCGGUCAAUAGUGACCACACCGUGGUCACUAUUGUGCCCUGCGAUCCCCCGGCCGGGAGCUUCUUGGAUGUGAUAUGCCGUCUAAAGAGCCCCGCCCAUUCAGAUGCGCCGAGUGGGAACCUGUCAAAAUUUGUAAAGGGCAACGAUGCCUGUUUACAUACAAGUGAUCCUCUGGCUGUAGACCCGGCGGAUCGCUUUUCUGAGGUGCUGGUCUGUGCGCCCCCUCUGCUGGUCCCGAGCUCCGUUGUGUCUGGUGCAAGCCCGGGACCAGCAUGUGGCUCUUUGACAGAAACCACUUGGGAGGCCAGUGACACCAGUUAUGAUGAGUUCUCCGCUUGUGAGAUGCCUCCAAUUAGCAUAUGGAAAAUGUACUCGGAAUUAUCAUCUUCAUUCACAUCAGAGCCUUGGCUGUCGCAGAUAUGCCAGGUUGAAAAUAGAGGCACGGCAUGUUGGAUUCAGGACAGGCGCAGAAUGAGUUUAAAAAAUGACACUGGACAUGAGAAGGCGUCUUACAACCUAUACGUUUAUCCCCAGCUCGCUGGAGAGGACUCAAACUGUUGCACUGUUCUGGCCACAAAAGAAUCAUUAGCUUCUGAUGUAGUCAAGAAUGCAGUUGCUGCUCUUGGUCUGGACACUUCCAAAACUUAUGUUCUGGCAGAGGUGAAGGAGUCGGGAGGAGAGGAGUGGAUCCUGGAUCCCAAUGACUCCCCAGUACAAAGAGUGCUUCUGUGGCCACGUAAGGCUUUGGACAGGCACCCACAGGCAGAAGGGUACUAUUUCCUUCUACAAGAGAAGAACCAGGAUGGGACCAUUAAGUAUGUCCAUCUGCCUCUUGUUUCAGAAGAGGAAAAAGCCAGGAGGCUUGUGGAGCGCGGGUUUCUCCCUCGAUCCCAGGAACAUUUCAAUGACUUGUGUAACUUGCCCAAACUAACGGAGUCAGCCAUCUUGGGAAACCUUAAAACCCGUUUUCUAAAGCACAAAAUCUAUACAUACGCAGGAAGUAUCCUUAUAGCCAUCAACCCAUUUAAAUUCUUGCCCAUCUAUAAUCCAAAAUAUGUCAAAAUGUAUGACAAUCACCAGCUCGGCAAGCUAGAGCCUCACAUUUUUGCCAUCGCGGAUGUGUCUUACCAUACUAUGUUGAAGAAGAAAGUCAACCAGUGCAUAGUUAUUUCUGGUGAAAGUGGCUCUGGAAAGACGCAAAGCACCAAUUUCCUAAUACACUGUUUGACAGCACUGAGUCAGAAAGGACAUGCUAGCGGUGUUGAGAGGACCAUACUAGGAGCAGGACCUGUGCUUGAGGCUUUUGGAAACGCCAAAACAGCACACAAUAACAACUCCAGCCGCUUUGGAAAGUUCAUCCAGGUCAAUUAUUUGGAGAGCGGCAUUGUGCGCGGAGCUGUGGUGGAAAAAUACCUACUUGAGAAAUCCCGACUUGUAUCUCAGGAAAAGAAUGAAAGAAAUUAUCAUGUUUUCUAUUACUUGCUCCUUGGGGCUUCAGAGGAUGAAAAGAAAGCUUUCCAGCUCAAGCAGCCUGAAGACUACUUUUACCUCAACCAGAAUAACUUUAAGGUGGAGGAUGGAGAAGAUCUUCGACAUGAUUUUGAAAGGUUGAAGCAAGCUAUGGAAAUGGUUGGAUUCCUCCCAGCUACAAGAAAACAGAUAUUUUCAGUUUUGUCAGCUAUUCUGUAUUUGGGAAAUGUCACGUACACGAAGAAGGCGACUGGGAGAGAUGAGGUACUUGAUGUGGGCCCUUCUGAGGUGCUUGAUUCCUUGUCACAGUUGCUUCAGGUUAAGAGGGAAAUGCUCGUCGAAGCUCUGACCAAGAGAAAAACGGUUACUGUAAAUGAGAAACUCAUCCUGCCUUAUAGCCUCAAUGAGGCUGUUACUGCCCGUGAUUCAAUGGCAAAAUCUCUGUACAGUGCCUUGUUUGAUUGGAUAGUCCUCCGGAUAAACCAUGCUUUGCUCAACAAAAAAGAUGUGGAGGAGUCCGUCAAUUGCUUAUCUAUUGGAGUCCUUGAUAUCUUUGGGUUUGAAGACUUUGAAAACAAUAGCUUUGAACAGUUCUGCAUUAAUUAUGCCAAUGAGCAGCUCCAGUAUUACUUCAACCAGCACAUCUUCAAGUUAGAACAGGAGGAAUACCAAUGUGAAGGAAUUAGCUGGCACAAUAUUGAUUAUACAGAUAAUGUUGGCUGCAUACAGUUGAUCAGCAAGAAACCAACAGGUCUCUUCUACCUGCUGGAUGAAGAAAGCAAUUUCCCUCACGCCACAUACCGUACACUGCUUGCCAAGUUCAAGCAGCAACAUGAGGAUAAUAAGUAUUUUGUGGCAACACCUGUCAUGGAGCCAGCGUUCAUCAUUCGUCAUUUUGCAGGCAAAGUCAAGUACCAGAUCAAGGACUUCCGUGAGAAAAAUACAGAUUACAUGAGGCCCGACAUUGUUGCUCUUCUCCGUAGCAGUGACAGUGCUUACAUCCGUGAACUAAUUGGAAUGGACCCAGUGUCUGUCUUCCGGUGGGCUGUAUUACGAGCUGCAAUUAGAUCAAUGGCUGUGCUCAAUGAGGCAGGCAGGCAGCAUGCAGAAAAGACAGCAGGUGUGAUACGAAAAGGACCUAGGACUCCUUUAGGAGAGUUGCAGAAGUCAAAUGCUGCUGUGGACAAACUAUAUCGCCACUCUCUCCUCGAUUUCUCCUAUGAUUGCGCCGAGGAUUAUGAUAUAGAUGUGUUUGAAGACAUCAUAAGUAUAUAUGAAAGCAAAAAAGAGCGACAUUCUCAGCUGAUGAACAGCAUAAAGGGACUCUCCUGGCAGGGGGAUGACCCAGCCAAUGUACUGCGCACCCUUUCCCUACGCAGGCACUCCCGGCUCCACUUACAGAAAUCUAAAAGUGGCCGCCAAAAGCAGCUGAUUCCAAAGAACCUGCUUGAUUCACAAUCUCUGAAAUUAAUCAUGAGCAUGACUCUUCAUGACCGAACUACCAAGUCCCUCCUUCACUUGCACAAGAAAAAGAAACCACCCAGUAUAAGUGCACAAUUUCAGGCAUCGCUAAACAAGCUUUUAGAAACACUAGGAAAAGCUGAACCUUUCUUCAUCAGAUGCAUUCGCUCAAAUUCUGAAAAGAUGGAAAUGACCUUUGAUGAAGCUCUGGUACUUCAGCAGCUUCGAUACACAGGAAUGCUUGAAACUGUGCGGAUUCGGAGAUCUGGAUAUAGUGCCAAAUACCCCUACCAGGAAUUCAAAGGCCAGUUUCAGGUGCUUUUACCCAAGUCAUCUACAGAUCUGAAAGCUGACAUCACAUCUCUGCUAAAUAGACUGUGCUUAGACCCACAUAAUUACCAACUGGGAAAAACAAAGGUGUUUAUGAAGGAGCCAGAACGGCAAAAGCUGCAGGACACCCUUCACCAGGCUGUUAUUAAGAAGAUUAUCCUGCUGCAAAGUCUUUUUCGCAUGGUUGUUGACAGGAGGAACUUUCUGAGAAUGAAAUCUGCAGCUGUCAUUAUACAGGCUUGCUGGAGAUCGUAUCAUGUGCGAUGUGGGUUGCAGGCUAGGAAGAAUGCAGCAGUGUGUAUCCAGGCUGCUUGGAAGAGUUAUGUACAGAGAAAGAUCUAUGUUAAGCAGAUCUGGUUGAUCCAGAUAUUGCAGGCAUAUUGCAGAGGAUUCCUGCAGAGACAAAGAGUCAGAGUCUUGCUGGAGGAAAAAUGGAAAGCAGAGGAAGAGAAGCGGAAGCAGGACGCUAUUGAAAAGGAGAGGCAAGCUCUGUUAGAAAAUACUCAAAGAGAAGAACAAAUAAAAUUGGAGGAGGAGGCCAAAAGGCAGGCUAAGAUGAGGCAAAUAGGUGCCUCCAAAAUAGAGCCUGUAAAACCCAGUAAAUCUGAAGAUUAUACAAAUGAAAAAAAGAUGGACAAAGAGCCAGUGAGGAAAGAAGGAAGCAAUUUCAAAACAACUGAAGAGGAGGAGAGGAUACUAAAAGAGAAUGAGCGUAAUAGGACAGUUAAAGAAGAUAAUUUAGGUGAAGACGGCAUUUCUCAUGCACAACAACAAACGGGUGUUAAGGACAAUGCCCCUGCAUCAAAUGAAGAUCCUUGGCUACCAAUGAGCCCCAAAACUGAAAAACCUUCAGAGAAAACUUCUGCCAGGACUGAAAGAGAGAAUAGAAGGCAGAGAUGUCUGAUGCAUGACAUGCUGCAAAAUAAACAUAUAUCCACCUCGCUGGUUGAGGGUGAAAAGGGGGAAGAUGGUGCUAAAGAACAACUUCAGAACGAGCUUACUGUGGUACCUCAAGAGGAAAAGUCAGACAAAGAGAAAGAAGUAGCUAAAGUAAAAAUGACUUAUAUGGGGAAUCCUGAUGUAGGGAAACCUGUAAGGCCCUCAGAUCUCCAGUUAAAUAUUCAACAGGCUUCACAAAAGCAGUCUUUAGAGGAGAACACGCAAAACACACCGCAGGAUGCAGAUGUUCCCAGCAUUGGCAUAAUACAGAGGUACAGUGAUCACGAGAAGCUACGAAACAAAGCCGAAAAGUGGAAAGAAAAAAGGCAAACUGAAGCUAACCUGACUGAGCCUGCAAGCAUGCCUGAUGGAGAUGAAGUGUGCAUUCGACAGGACAGCAAAGAAAUGCCACCAAGGGGAAAGGCAAUUGUUGGAACAAUACAAGCUUCAAAGGAUACACAGUCUCCCAGUAUUCCUCAGCCACCGCCUAUGUCAGUUGACACUGAUAAGGAACAAAUUAAGCCUAUUCUUCAGAAAAAGAAAUCCAGUGAAAACAAGGCUCACCCAGACUGCACUGCACAUUCCACAGACAAGCAUACUUACAAGAGCCCCCUAUACAGGCUUUUGGGAAUGAAGCCUGACAAAAAGAACAGUAAAGAUGGACCACUCACUCCAGAGUGCACAGAACAGCUAUCUUUCCCACACUUGACCCAAGAACCUUCAGCAACAAAACGUUCUGUAGAUGGUUCAGCUGUCACAGGGCAAUCUGGUCGUCCAUCUCCAACAGAGCCACAGAGUAAAAUUCGAAGGAAUCGAUCAAUUAAAAUUGGUAAAGCUGCCACUGUGUCUGAAACAUGGAAUGCAUCCUUGUGCCGAGAGAUCACCAACUCUACUGAACUGAAACACCUUGAUGACUUCUUGUUUGCUAAGCUUAACACCCUACAUCAAGAUAAAACAGCUAUUGAAGGUCUACUCUACAAAGCAAUGGAAAUGUUCAGAGAAAAUCUCAAGUUAAUGUACUCUUCUCCAAAAGGGCACUUUCAUGCUAGCUACAAAGAUCUUAUGGAUAAUUUCCAGCUUCUUGUAAACAACCUAAACAAAGAAAGAAACGAGAAGGAUGUGAAGCUUGUCCUUAACCUCUUCCAGUCCUUUUUGGAUGAGUUUACACGCGGAUACUCAAAGAGGGAUGACGGCGAACCACACAAGCAGAGAAAAUCUCAGAAGAAGAAAAGGAAACAGGAUCAAAAUGUUGAAUCCCAUGGACAUGUAUUUAUGAGCUCCCAAGUAAGCAUUGGGCAGUCCUGUGAACAUUGCAGUUCCAAUAUCUGGCCUAUGGAGAAGGCUUAUCUUUGCAGUGCCUGCAAGACAAUCUGCCACAAAAAAUGUCUGAGUAAGAUGCAGAUCCGCUGUGCACCUGUUGGAGUAAAAAGUAACCAGGGCAAUCACUUUGGCGUUCAUGUGGCUGACUUAACCGAGACAACUUCUGUACCUCUUGUUAUGGAGGUACUUCUUGAAUAUCUGGAAAUGCACGGCUUGUACACAGAGGGUAUCUAUCGCAAAUCUGGGGCAGCCAACUGCAUGCGAGAGCUUAAAAUAUCCUUGGAAAAAG